AUGUUUUUAGCUACCUGGAUAAGAGAUCUGGAGAGAAUCUUUGAGGUGCUGCAGUGUAAUGACACCGACAAGAUUCGAUGUGCCACUUACCAACUCCAAGGUCACGCUGAUGCAUGGUGGCAUUCCUCAAAGGAGCACUUCUUGGCCAAAUACCCAAAUGCAACCUGGGCUCAGUUCACAGAAGCUUUUCUCGAGAAUUACUUUCCAAGGAACAUUCGAGAGAAGAAGGAAGUUGAGUUUAUGAGCCUCAACCAGGGAUCCAAGUCGGUCCUCGAAUAUCAACAAGCCUUUGAGGAGCAUUUCUAUUUUGCUCUAGAGCACAUGAAGGCUGAGGGAGUUAAGGCGAGAAGGUUCGAAAGAGGGCUGAGAGCCAGCUUGAGUACAUCUGUGGUACUACACAAGUACCCUACCUAUGCGAAAGUGGUUCAGACUGCUAAGAUGAUUGAAGAUCAGCAGAGAGAGAACCACAAGGCCAUACAAGCAGGCAAGAGGCCAAUGUCAUCCUAG